AUGGCUACCAACUUCCCCUACUAUAUCUUCCUCCUUGCCCUCACUAUAGGCUGCACCUCCUCCGCCCGUUUCCUCGACGAAGUGAAUCCCCAAUUCGCUUUCCCGGCUGACUUACCUGCCACAUCGCCCGAUGAUGUGGAACCUGUUGACCAGCCUGGCACCAUUUUGCCAAGUGGUCAGGUCCCAACACCCGUUGUUGUUGCCCCAAUCGUCACCACCCCUGUUGUUGGCACCAUUUUGCCAAGUGGCCAGGUCCCAGCACCCGUCGUUGCCCCCAUCGUCACCACACCCGUUGUUGACGUGGAAGUACCUGUGGCCGAGCCCGACACCACUUUGCCAGGUGGCCAGGUCGUCCCAACGCCUGUCGUCGCAGCCCCAGCCCCUGUUGUUGGCACGGCACCUGUCGUCGCAGCCCCCGUCGCUAAUGUGGCAACCGGGACGACACCAGCUGCAGCGUCAUCGGCCCAGGGAACAACCGGUGCGUUAUCUUUCUUCAUGCACGACAUCCUGGGUGGGACCCGUCCAUCAGGGAGGGUGGUAACGGGAAUCGUUGCGAAUUCCGACGUGAACAACCUCCCGUUCUCGAAAACCAACAACCAAGUUUUCCCGAUAAACGGAGGAAUCCCGCUAAAUACCCUAACCGGAGUCAUCAACAACAACAACAUGCCGUUCCUGGUCGGCCUCAACGGCCAACAGAAUGUUGCCGGAGCUAACUCCGUUAUCCAAAACACCGGCAACAACAACGUGGCAUCCGUCGGCAAUGGAAACCUCCCCUUCGUUUCUGCAGGUCAGCUCCCAGCCGGACUCACCCUCCAACAGGUAAUGUUUGGAUCGAUAACCGUCGUUGAUAACGAACUGACCGAAGGCCACGAACUGGACUCGGCUGUGUUGGGAAAAGCUCAGGGAUUUUACUUAGCCAGUUCAUUGGACGGAACCGGUCAUACCCUGGUUUUGACUGCAUUGUUUCAUUCAGGCUCUGGCGAGCAUCAUGAAAUAGAGGAUACAAUUAGUUUCUUCGGGAUACAUAGAACAGGGUCCCCAGAAUCGCAGAUCGCGGUUGUGGGAGGGACGGGGAAGUAUGAGCAUGCAAAAGGGUAUGCGACAAUUACCACACUUCAUCAGCAGGACCAACAUACUACGGAUGGAGUGGAGACAAUUACUCAGUUCAAUGUUUACCUUACCUAUGUGAUUUGA